AACCCAUCUGACUCGGAGACUCCAGUAAUUCAGUCAGGAGAAAGUUUGGUCAUUGCCAGCAGGUGAGGCUUUCUUCCACCCGGACGUCAGACAAGCAAACGACAAUCAACCAAAGUCAGUCAGAGUUAGAAUGGACACAGAUCUGAACUCCGCCAUCUCCGCCUUCCUGUCAAAUUGUGAGGAUCACCAACUGUUUCGGUUGACGAGAUUCUACAUGGAGCGACUGGAGCAGGCGAUUGAGGAGGGUGUGGAGGGAGUCAGCUUCAUGUUAAUGGGCGAGGAUCACUUCACCGGGCAGGAGUAUCACAGCGUGACUGAGCUCGCGGAGAAGGGGAACCGAGCGGGCGCUUCCAAACUCCUCCUGGAUCUGGUGAUGGAGAGAGGCUCCGGGGCCCGGAAGGUGAUGUGGGAAUCCUUUGUGAAACUGCACCACCAUUUACCGAAGCUGAGCAGAAUAUUGAAUGAAAUACGGGAGCGAGGUGACGGCCAGUUCGCCUACAUGGACACUGAGCGGGAUUUCUCUGAAGUGCCCAAACAUCUGAAAGAUGUUCAACAGAAACACAAGGAGACUCUGCGGACAGAGACUGAAAAACUGAGAGUGAACACGAUCCUGAUGAGGGAGAAGGUGAAGGUUUUCCAGCUGGUUGAUCGAUACGCUGAGCUCACGGUCAUUUCUACUGUUCGAGAUCGGACACUGGUGGAACAUGAGCUGCUGGCAAGAGGCAGAGACCACGAGGAGUGGAGAGAAAAAGAUCUCCGUAGUAAGCUGGAAAAAAUCCGUACUGAUCAGUUAUUCAAGAAGAGCUUUGUUCAAAAAUUGCAAAGAUAUUUCUUUGGAAACAAAUCAGGGAUGUCCGCAGCAGUGGCCGGAGUCCCAGGGAUCGGGAAAACAACAAUGGUACAAAAGAUUGUUUACGACUGGGCCACGGGGAAGAUAUACCAACAAUUCCAGUUUGUCUUCAGUUUCAAAUUCCGGGAUUUAAACACCAUUAACUGCAGAAUAAACCUGAAGGAACUGAUUCUGCAUCAUUAUCCCUACUUUGGGAAUAUCCUGGGAGAGGUCUGGAAACACACAGAGGGACUGCUGUUCAUAUUCGACGGAUUGGAUGAAUUCAAGGACAAAAUCAACUUUGUUGAUGGUCGGAGAGACACAGAAUCACAGGACACAGAUCCUGAAUUCAAGUGCAAUGUGUCUGAUAUUGUGUACAGUUUAAUCCAGGGCAAGCUGCUCCCAGGGUGUUCAGUGCUGGUGACCACCCGCCCCACUGCGUUAUAUUUAUUGGAAAAGGCGGAUAUCAGUGUCUGGGCUGAAAUCCUGGGAUUUGUUGGUGAGGAACGGAAGGAAUAUUUCAUCAGGUAUUUUGAAGAUCAGACGGAGGCAGAAGCAGUUUUCAAACACGUGGUGGAGAAUGAGAUCCUGUACACCAUGAGCUACAACCCCUCCUACUGCUGGAUCCUCGCUCUGGCACUGGGCCCCUUCUUCACACAAAGAGUCAGGGACCCGCAGCGAGUUCCCAAGACCAUCACCCAACUGUACUCCUACUAUAUUUACAACAUCCUGAAAAACCAUGGCCGUGAGAUUGAGAACCCCCGUGAUGUGUUACUCAGGGUUGGUCAGAUGGCCUUCAGAGGAGUGUCCGAGAAGAAGAUUGUGUUUACAGGUGGAGAUUUGAUCAACUACAAUCUGCAGCCUUCCCAGUUCCUGUCCGGGUUCCUGAUGGAGCUUUUGGAGAGAGAGGAUUCUGCCCGGAGCGUGGUGUACACAUUCCCACACCUCACCAUCCAAGAGUUUGUAGCUGCAGUCGCACAAUUCCUGAAUCCACAUCCCGGGAAUAUCCUGAAAUUCCUCACUGGAGCCCACAACACGACCGAUGGGCGAUUUGAGGUAUUUCUCCGUUUUGUUGCUGGUCUCUCCAACCCAAUGACAGCUCGGGGCCUGGUGGAGUUUCUGGGUCCAUUUCCUCAUGAAACAACCUGCCGGGUGAUUGACUGGGUGAAGGAGGAGGUUAAACGCCAGAGUGGAAACACAAGGAGUGAAGCUGGUAAAAGGAGCCUCCUGAACACAUUGCACUACCUGUUUGAGUCUCAGAAUCGUGGACUGGCUCAGGCCGCUCUGGGAUCUGUGGAAAGGUUUUCACUCAGUGGAAUGACACUGACCCCGAUUGACUGCGCGGUCCUGUCUCAUGUCAUCGGACUCUGUGAUACAAUAAAACAGCUCGACCUGGAGAACUGCCACAUUCAGUAUGAGGGAAUACAGCGGCUGGGACCCGGGUUGCACAAGUGCCAGGAGUUGAGACUUGGGCGGAAUGAACAGGGAGAUUCAGGAGUGAAACUGGUGUCUGCGGCUCUGAGGAACCCGGAGUGUAAAAUACAGAAACUGUGGUAAGUACCAGACUGUGGGAGAUUGUGUUUACAGUCACUGGGUGUCUGACACUGAACAUUAAUGUGAUCAGCAGAAACAUAGAAAACAUACAGGACAAUACAGGCCCUUCGGCCCACAAAGCUGUGC